AUGAGGCGGGGUUCUUCCUAUGGCUACAGUGACAGAGACCGUGGACGAGACAGGCCUCGUUCUGUGCCAAUGGGUGGUCGCAGUAAUGGCCCCCCGACCAUGAAGUUUGGGAAUCUAGGCGACCGUCUCCGCAAGAAGAGGUGGAACCUGGAUGAGCUGCCCAAAUUUGAGAAGAACUUUUACACUGAGCACCCAGAAGUUCAACACUUAAGUGAGUAUGAAAUUGAAGAGUUUCGUAAAAACAAAGAGAUCACCAUCAAAGGCUCUGACUGUCCGAGGCCUGUAAUGACUUUUCAACAGGCGCAGUUUCCACAAUAUGUGAUGGAUGUGCUAAUGCAGCAGAACUUCAAAGAGCCCACAGCAAUUCAGGCUCAGGGCUUCCCUCUGGCUCUGAGUGGCAAGGACAUGGUGGGGAUAGCGCAGACGGGUUCUGGAAAGACUCUAGCGUAUCUUCUUCCAUCAAUUGUGCAUAUUAAUCAUCAGCCCUAUCUGGAGAGAGGAGAUGGCCCCAUUUGUUUGGUGCUUGCACCGACCCGAGAGCUGGCCCAGCAGGUUCAGCAAGUGGCUCUUGACUAUGGAAAGUCUUCCAGAAUCAAAAGUACCUGUGUAUAUGGUGGCGCACCUAAAGGGCCGCAAAUUCGGGAGCUGGAGAGGGGUGUUGAGAUCUGCAUUGCUACGCCUGGUCGCCUGAUUGACUUCCUUGAGUCAGGAAAGACUAACCUUCGUCGCUGCACGUACCUUGUACUGGACGAAGCUGACCGUAUGCUAGACAUGGGAUUUGAACCACAGAUACGCAAGAUAGUUGAACAAAUCCGGCCUGACAGACAGACUCUUAUGUGGAGUGCAACGUGGCCCAAAGAUGUCCGUCAACUUGCUGAAGACUUUUUAAGGGAUUACAUCCAGAUCAAUAUUGGCGCCCUGGAGCUCAGUGCCAACCACAACAUUCUACAAAUUAUUGAUGUCUGCAUGGACAAUGAAAAGGACCACAAACUUGUGCAGCUAAUGGAGGAGAUAAUGGCAGAAAAGGAGAACAAAACCAUCAUCUUUGUAGAGACCAAAAAACGCUGUGAUGAGCUGACAAGAAGGAUGCGAAGGGAUGGGUGGCCAGCCAUGUGUAUUCAUGGAGACAAAAGCCAGCCAGAAAGAGACUGGGUGCUCACAGAAUUCAGAAGUGGGAAAGCUCCCAUUCUAGUAGCCACAGACGUUGCCUCUCGAGGUUUGGAUGUCGAAGAUAUCAAGUUUGUCAUCAACUUUGACUAUCCGAAUUCCUCGGAAGAUUACGUCCACCGUAUUGGACGCACGGCCCGCAGCACCAACAAGGGCACAGCCUAUACCUUCUUCACUCCUGGAAAUGCACGGCAAGCCCGUGACCUUGUCCGGGUUUUGCAGGAGGCCAAUCAGGCCGUCAACCCUAAACUGCUUCAGAUGGUGGAUUCGGGCUAUGGAAGAGGGAGCGGUGGCAGAACGCGUUAUCGUGUCAGCAGCUCCCACAAUCCCAAUACAAUGUACCAGGAUCAGUGUCGACACCGCAUGCAUUCCAGUGAAGGAAGCAGCAGCAGAGACAGCCGCUCUGGCUACUGCCGCACUGAUCUAAAAGAUGACCUCCAGUCAUCCUCUUACAGCGACCGAAACAGGAGUGGCCACAGUUCCGAUCACUACAAGGGUCACAAGUCCAACCUUAGUGGAGGCCUGUCUGCUAGUGAUGGAGGGAUGGAUCCCUCAAGUCAUCUUCAGGGUCAGUUUGCCCAGCCUCAUCUUCAGUCUCUGCCCCCAGGGGGGCCGCAGCUUCUCAUGUCUCAGCAGUAUUUGCGGCCGCAGCCCCUGUUAGCAGGAUUUGCGGGGCAACCGCCUUACCACUCUAACCCUCCUCCUCCUCCCGGCACUUCCACCCGUUAG